GAGUAUGGAGCUCGCAGUGGGUGAGCCUGACACUGAUGCGCUCUGAGUGAAAGAACGCAGACUGGGGGCGAGACACUGUAGACGAGAAGCUCUGCGCAGAGCUGCAUACAAGACUGAUAUAUAUUAAAGCAAGACGAAAGGCUGUAAGAAAAGGAACGCGAAACAUUGCCUAGAAAGAGACUAUAGAAGAAAUCAGCGCUCCUAACUUUAAAAGGACCGCAGUGAGUGCGCAUCAUUGCCUGCACAUCUAUGAGGGUAUUCCCACCGACUCCAACGAUGCCACCCGGACUGCUGCUGCUGAUCUGUGGGCUGCUCGGGUUCGGAACCUGUGUUGUGUUUGUCCAGCAGCCUCAUGAUCUGGUGGUUGUUGCCGGGCAGCCCGUGACCCUGCCGUGCUCCAUUACUGGAUAUCAUGGUGUGGUGCUCUGGGUCAAAGAUGGUCUCGCACUGGGGGUCAACCGAGACCUGUCAGGAUAUCCACGCUAUGAUGUAAUUGGGGACCACAGCAAAGGGGAAUAUCACCUAUUGAUUCAGAGGACAGAACUGACCGAUGACGGCAGCUUUGAGUGUCAAGCCAUCCAAGUCGGUAGCAGAUCAAGACCUGCUCGGCUCACUGUUUUAGUUCCUCCUGAUGACCCUGUGAUAAGCGGUGCUCCUGUGGUGAGCUUGCGUUCCGGGGACUCGCUAAACCUCACCUGCCAUGCUGACAAUGCCAAACCAGCCGCCUCCAUCAUCUGGGUCCGUAACGGAGAGGUGCUGAACAGUGUGGCGUACACAAAGACACUGCUGCGAGAUGGUAGAAGAGAAAGCACGAUCAGCACGCUCCACAUCUCUGCCUCCAACAUUGAAAGCGGACAACAGAUCACCUGCCGUGCUUCCAACAAAGCGGCGCCCAAUGGCAAGGAGGCCACAAUCACCAUCGACAUUCAACAUUUCCCACUGGUGAACCUCUCUGUGGAACCGCAGCCUGUUCUGGAAGGCAAUCUGGUCAAGUUCCACUGUGCCGCUAAAGCGAAUCCUCCUGUCACUCAUUAUAGAUGGGCGAAGGGGGGCAAUAUUAUCAUGGACACAACGGGAGACACUUAUGAGGUGCUGGUGGAUCAUUCCUUCUUCACAGAGCCAGUAUCCUGUGAGGUCAUCAAUGCCCUGGGCAGCACCAACAUCAGCCGUAAUGUGGAUGUUCACUUUGGGCCACGUCUGGCCGCUGAACCUCAGAGCCUGCAAGUGGACCGGGGUUCUGAUGCUGUGUUUAGCUGUGCUUGGAUUGGAAAUCCUUCCCUCACCAUUGUUUGGAUGAAAAGGGGCCAUGGAGUCGUUCUAAGCAAUGAGAACACCUUGACACUGAAGACAGUUAGACAAGAGGAUGCUGGGAAAUACGUGUGUCGAGCUGUGGUGCCACGUGUGGGAGUGGGAGAGAAGGAAGUGACUCUGACUGUCAAUGGGCCUCCCACCAUCUCCAGCACACAGACCCAGCAGGCUCUGUAUGGGGAGAAAGGCCAGAUCAAGUGUUUCAUCCGCAGCACCCCACCACCAGACCGAAUCGCAUGGUCAUGGAAGGAGACCGUGCUGGAAUCAGGAACAUCAGGCCGUUAUACAGUGGAGACUGUGAGCACAGAAGAAGGUGUCAUCUCAACCCUCACAAUGAGCAACAUCGUCCCUACUGAUUUCCAAACCAUCUACAACUGCACCGCAUGGAACAGUUUCGGCUCCGACACAGAGAUCAUUCGCCUCAAGGAACAAGGGUCUUUGCGCUUGGCCGUCAUCAUCGGGAUUGCAGUGGGAGCUUUUCUGGCUCUCAUCGUCCUCAUUGGGACCCUGGGGGCUUUUUGCUGUGCUCGACUGCAGAGAAAGGACAUGCACCUGGUGAUGUCAUCACUUCCUGUGUCCCUCUCUUCUCGGCAGCGAGAGCUCUCUGGCACGUUAAAAAGUGAAAAUCUCAAAGGGGUCACAGCAGCUAAAAACGACAUCCGAGUGGAGAUUGUCCAUAAGGACCAUAACACAGCCAGAGAACCAGAAGAUCACAGCAAUAUGAAGCAAAUGAUGAUGGAGAGAGGAGAAUUUCAGCAGGAGUCGGUGCUGAAACAGUUGGAGGUCCUGCAGGAGGAGGAAAGAGAGCUACAACACAUUAAGGAUCCAACCAACGGAUACUACAGCGUCAACUCCUUCAAGGAACAGCAAACCCCAACCAUAUCUCUGACAGCCAAUCAGAAUGCUGAGGUCCGGAACCCCGCCACGGCGACCCUCGGAAAACAUCGCGUACCCACCGGCAUGUCUUACACCAACCUUUACAACACCUUGGGUGCAGGACCCAACCGCCUCUAUGACUACAGCCAACGUUUCGUGCUGGGAAUGGGCAGUAGCUCCAUCGAGCUGUGCGAGAGAGAAUUCCAGAGAGGAUCGCUCAGUGAUUCCAGCUCAUUCCAGGACACGCAGUGUGACAGCAGCAUCAGCAGCUGUAGCAAGCCUGAUGGAUACGUGCAGUUCGACAAAGCCAGCAAAGCCUCGGCAUCUUCUUCAUCCCACUAUUCGCAAUCAUCGUUGCAGAAUUCGGACCUGACCCGACCGCUGCAGAAACGAAUGCAGACACAUGUUUAACCCCACAGAGGGUUAGGAAUGAAUGCCAACCACUUUUUUGAAAGUCGUACAUACAUUUGGACAAACACUUACGGUGAGUCAUCUAUGCUUUAUGCUUCAUUCGUGCUCUGUUCUAUGUACACUGUUGAAAUUCAAGCGUCCUAAACUUGGAAAGACAACGCCAAAAUCUCAACACACAAUCAACCAUUUUUCUGUAUAUUUUGAUAAGUAACUUUGUGAAAGAACUUUUGAAAGCUUGAAAAAUGGAAAACAGAAAAAAAGGAAAAAGAUCUUGUAUGUUGUUUCAUAACAUGACAAUCUGAAGUCCGUCCACACAAUUGCCAUGGACUAUCACAGUGAGCUGAUCUAAUCUUUUCCACGCAGCCAGAAUGCUCUCUGGGAUACAGCACCUGGCACUCAGAUUCGAUGACAAACUUGAGGGUUAUAUACAUUUUUUAUGAGGAGCCAAACUUGGGCCUUCUUGUAGUUCUUCUACUGUGGCCCAAAGCACAAUGGUGUCUGUUCAAUGCCAACCGCAGUGUUUCUCUGCUGAUAAAAAGAUUUUAACGAGGAUGAAUUAUGCUCUGGAGGCCGCUGCGGAAAAUGAUCAUUCUGUGAUUUUUCUAAAGACUCUGUAAGAUAUAUUUCACUUGUGUGCUCUAAACUGUUUUUUUUAAUUACAUCUCUUUCCUUAUGAUAUCACUCGUCAUUCCGAUUUCAUGCUUUGUCAUUUUUGUUAUGCAUUGUGAGUGUGUAAAAUCACACACAGCCAAACUGCAUGUGUGGAAAGCUCUUUAUAAGCUUUGCUAACAUGGACAGCAUAGUGUUUACAUGACAGAGACCAGAAUGUAGAUCUGAAUGUUUUAUUUGAUUUUCACUUAUUUAAUGCUUAUUAAAUGUGAUCUUGUCAUUCCAACUCCCCAUGGUUAAUAAAUGAGUUUUGUAUGUAAUGCGGUUAAUAAGCGACCUUUUACCUCCAGCUAUAUGAUGUUGUUGUUGUUGUUGUUGUUUUUCUAUACAUCUGUGCUCAUCAAUCCCACAUUCUGGUGGGAGAAUGAAUGUUUGUUGAAGAGUAUUCGUAAUUUUUUUCCUCUUCUUUCUGAUGGCAUGUUCAUUUUGAAGCUACCAUAUGUGUAUGCUUACUGUUUUAAGUAAGCUUCUCUUUCCGGCAACCCCACCCCCGAAUGUCUGGCGUAAACGUUUACACCUUUAAUUGCUGCAGGAAGUGCCUCUCGUUGGUGUCUGAGCCUGCAGAAUUUUCGAGUGAAACAUUUAACUUUAGCAGUGCAUCAGAGCAAUUACACUGAUCAAAUAAUCAUGAUUACAAAAUAAGUGUUGAAUAAAACAGUGUGUGGGAAUGAGCUUCUUUGGUCAUUAAAGCUGA